GAGGCGCAUCUGCACCACAGGAGGAAGCCCAUCGUGUGAAGUCCGCGGCAGCAUUAGAUAGGCUGUGAUGAUGAGACUGAGGAAGUGUGUCGCCCCCUCCGCAUAGGCUGCGUCCGUUUGCUCGCUCUUCUGCUCGGAAAUCACUCGGAGCUGCGCUGCCCACCGGCCGCCCCCGCAGCCCCAGAUAGCUCCAGCCCAGAUAGCGGGAGAAAUGUGGGGAAACGGGGAAGCCUUUUAACGCCCAGCACACGGCGGCACGGGAGGACUGGUGGUCGAGGCGCACACGUCGAGCGGAUUUGGGCGGAAAAGUCGGCGCGCCGAUGGAAUUCAUUUAGCAGCAGCGCAGCCGCGGUUGUUCAGGAUUACAUUGAAGAUGUGCUGGCUGUGUUAACGGGAAAGGAAGACAGGGUGGCAACAUGGGUGAUGGAGGAGCUCUUCGGACAGAGGGAAAUGCCCUGCUGAAGGCUGUGUUCCAAGGCAAGCUUCGUCUUGCCCGUUUGCUACUGGAGGGCGGUGCAUACAUUAAUGAAGGCAAUGAGCGAGGGGAGACACCCAUCAUGGCUGCCUGCAUGGCGGGAUAUGACGACCCGCAGACACGUCAGAAAAUGGUGCGCUAUCUUCUAGAGAAAGGCGCUGACCUGAAUAUUGCUGACAAAUCAGGCCGGACUGCCUUGAUGCAUGCAUGCUCUGAGCGGGCUGGCAAAGAUGUUGUGUCACUACUCCUGGAGAAUGGUGCAGACCCAAGUCUAAAAGACUACUCUGGGUCCUCAGCUCUAAUGCAUGCCAUCAACAGAGGUGAUCGAGACACUCUGCAGAUACUUCUAGAUGCCUGUAAGGCCAAAGGUAAAGAGGUGAUCAUUAUAACCACAGAUACCUCACCCUCAGGCACUAAGAAGACCAAGCAGUACCUGAACUCUCCACCUUCACCAGGUGUGGUGGACAAACUCUCACCAGCCUGCAUGUCUCCAUCAGAGGUGGAGAUCCGAACCUCAAACUCACCUGCUGGAGAAGAGGAAGAAGGCAUCUUCAGCUUUGCUCUUACUUCUGCCCUCCCGUUGCCCUCCAACAGGCCACCAGGUGAGAGGAGACCACCACCACGCAAGCUUCUCAAAAGACUGAACUCAGAGCCCUGGGGCUUAGUGGCACCAAGCGUACUGGCUGAGAGAGGUGAGAUGUUGGAGGGCAGCCUUGCGGAAGAGGACAAGGUGGUGUCAGAGAUGAAUGGCAUGUCAAUCUCUGGUCCAGGCAGACCACUGCUCUCACGCAGGCACAGCAUUGAAACACAUGACCCCUGCUCUCCGAAGCUGAUUGACCGCUCCUGUUCAGAAGAUUGUGCAGCCCUCUGUGGUUCCUCUUGGGCUGACAAGGUGCAGCAGCAUCAGUCACUAUACCGCAGAAACACAGCGCCUGAGUCGCAAGAGAAUGCCGGUCAUAACCGUGCUCUGGUUCACCCCAAACUUACACGCAUGGAGCACUAUGAGUCAGAUACACACCUGUGUCCUGAGUCCAUUCCUGGAUCUCCAGAUUCUGGUCGUGUGUCCGUGGAGCGUCGCAAGUACAAUGCCUCACCACUAUCAUUAGUUGCCAGUUCCUCACGGGAGUCUCUGGAGAGCAUCCCGAACUCAGUUUCCCCCAUCACUAUGAGGAGGAGACCCCCAGGCUUGCUGGAGCGGAGAGGCUCUGGUACACUCCUGCUGGACCACAUCUCACACACUCGACCUGGAUUUCUUCCCCCACUCAACGUCAACCCCCAGCGGCCUAUCCCGGACAUCCGGACCAAUGGCAAGCCCUCUUCACCCGUGCACUCUGGAAACAAGAUCCUGCUGCCUGUAGCACCCACAUCACCAAAGCGUGUUCUGGAUUUCAAGAUGAAGAAGAAGUUGAUGAGGAGGCAUUCCAUGCAGACAGAACAGAUGAAGCAGCUCUCCACCUUUCAGGAGCUAAUAGCAGAGAAGGUCAUGGAGGUCAAUGGAGACUAAGUGUUAUGGGAGAAUAUAUCUCUCUCUGUCUCUCUCUUUCUCUCUCCAUUACUCACUCACUCACACACUCACUUACUCACUUACACACACACAAACACACACACAUGCACACACACACACACACACACACACACACACAGAGAAAUACCCUUAGAUAAUGGAACACUGACUAGUCUAAAAUGCAUAAACCAUAUUCUUAAAGGCUAAUGUUACUGAUUUUAAUGAUAGUGAAUAGCCGCCAGUUAUGUCAACUGGUGGUUACUGACUUCCAAUUAUUUUUGGCCACGUUAGCACAUUUGGCCAAGCUGUUCCUUAAUCAUUUCAUUUAUUUUUGAUUUCUCAUAUUUACUGUCAUUUUUGACAAACAGUUCUUGUCAUUUAAAAUGUUCACUUUUACACUUGAACUUGUUUCAUGAAGUUUUGUAAAAAAAAAAUGUCAGCAAGGUUAAAGUUUCUGGCAAAGUGAUGCGCUGUCCUUUAAAAGCAUAUCAAAGGGGAAUAUAAAAAUAAUCAGCUUCUACUGGGUGCAAACCAAAUGCCAGCAUUCAGUUUUUUCUCCCUAAAAUCAUUAGGAAUGCUGAAAAUCUUCCAUUUAUUGCACACUAAUCUCUAUUAUAUAAGAUGCCUUUUACUGAUGACUAAUCACUUUAAUAAGGUUGGGUUUAGGCCAUUUUAGUUUGGUUGUAGCAUUAAGAACAAGAAUCAAAACAUUUUGAUGUGUGAAAAUGAAAACAAAAAUGUACACCAUUGAAAUGGUGCGUGAUGGGCACUAUAUGCAUGAUUGUAUUUUUUUUGUUUGUUUGUUUUAAAGUGCAAUUCUUAAUUAAGAAUCCCAAAGAAGUUGUUUAAUACCCUUUCACACUCACAUUUCUAAAAUGCGGGAAGAUACAGAAAAACUCAGUAUGAAGAGCAUGGAUGUUGUGUCAUGUGUGCACAAGAGGCAGAGCGCACAUGUAGAUAUUGUACAGAUUUCACAGGCAGUAAAAUAAUCAUUAGUAUUUUAAGUAUUUCUGUGUGCAAUAUUUUGUGCUGCAAGAUCUCUGGUUUCAUAUUAUUGUGGUGAACAUUGGAUAAUCAGUUACAUCUGCAGCACGAAGAGUAAUUUGCACUUCUGCAGAAAAAUGUAGUGUGGAAUCAUGGACACAACAAACUAUGUUAACCCUUACAAAAAGAGUAUACACACAUUUGAAAUGAAAUUAUUUUCAGUGUAGUGUUUGUCAGUGUAGAGAGAGAAAUAUCUAUAUAUAUUACAAAUAAACAAGAAUUAGUUUAACAGAGCUUAAAAAGUGUUUAAAAGUCUUGCUUUUGUUUUGUUGAUGCUCUAUUUAAGUGAUUUUAUUUAGAAAAUAUUAAUUUAUUUAUGUGGAUUCAAAUACAUGUACUUUAUGAAAACAAAAAAGUAGAGUAAUAUUUUUCUAUACCUCUGUGAUGGCCCAUUUUUCAUCUAUUGUCCAUCUUUUAAAUCAAAACAAUAUUAUUGCUAUAGUUCUUUGGGUGGAAAUCAUCUCUACUUUCAGUGUGGCAUUUUUUUCACAGGCAACAUUUUAGGACAUAUAAGGAGAGAAAAAAAGUACAAGCAUAAAUGUUUAUAUUAUUUAAUUAUGGGAUUUUUUUAAAGCUAAACCAUUUGAAACCACUUCUUUAAAAUAUAUCAGGUGACACUUUAUAUUUUAAUUAGCAAGUUAUCUAGUUGCUACCUUAUUAUUCUUGUGUGAUGUCUCAUCGUCAUUCCAGAAUUUCUCUACGCUCCAGAGAGCAGUGAGUAGUUGCACUGAGUUUUCUCUGUUUCUGAAUAUCAUUGUGGAAGUUCACAAAAUUCUCUGUUGUACAAAACUCCCUGUGACCUUGUUGAAAUUGUGCUCAGGUACGUCUGAUCAGACCUAAAAAAAAUAAAUAAAUUCAAAAAAAAAGUAAAAGGGUCUUCAGUUGUGUUAGGCUGUGUACACAGAGGACAUUUUAUGACGUGCUGCUAAGUCUCGUUGGUCAACAGGAAAAUAACAACUGCAUAUCCGAGUGUUUUAAUUCGCAUUGUGUCAAAGGGAUAGCAGUUACACUAUCAACAUCUACUUCAGUGGAUUUAAUAUUUAUUGUAAUUUUGUAUGUUUGGUGUGGUACACUGAUAAAACUGUACUGAACUGAAUCAUUACUUGCUAAAAACGUAGAUGACUCUUGUGUUAGCAGUAAGCCUUAGGGACAACAGGCAGUAGGCUAGUGUCCGUGUAACAGUCUGCACAACACCACGGUGGGAAUUAGUCUCAUAUUCAUGUGAGACAUUUAUGGUGCUUUGAAUAAAGGCAUGACUAAACCAAAAA